ACAUUUAAAAACUUAAGAUCCACGUAAUGGCACUAUCAAAAUCUCUUCAGAGUGGGCAAGUUCCAAUGUCCUGUCAGAUGUGUGAGGAAUCUAAUGAAAUCAAAUGGAAAUGCUUGCUGUGCGACUUUCUCUUGUGUACAAAAUGUCAGAAACUUCAUAAGAAAGUGAAAUCUACUGACCAACAUACAAUCAUAGACAUUAAGGACAUUGCUUCUCAUCAGCAACAAACCAAUGAUAAACUAGAUUUUAUUAAAAUUCCAUGUGGGAUUCAUGCAGGAGAAAACUGUUUCUUAUACUGUCAAUCUUGUGAAGUAGUUGUCUGUCCUUUGUGUAUUAUAAAAAUACAUGAUAAACACAAGAUGAUUGAAUUAGCUCAAGGAUAUGAACUUGCCAUAAAAUCUGUAAAACAUUUCAAUUCUGAGAUUGACCAGAAAUUAGUACAAACUGUGAAAGUAUUAUCUGAACUGGGAAUUUUCAAAUCUUCUGAAGAUUCAAAAAAUGAAUUAGAAAAGCAGAAAAUUCGGAGUCGAGAAAUUUUUUUAAAGAAUGAAGUUGAAAAGCAGGCAAAUAAACUUUUGAACAAACUUGACCAGAGAGAGGAACUUUUGAUGAAAUCAGUGAAUGAUGCAGAAAAUAGAUCAGAAAAGAUCAAGACAGAUUUAGACUCCAGAAAGAAGAACUUAAGCCUCGCUUUAAAUUCCAAUAAUGCUAAUCAAGUUUUCAGCAUACAUUCAGAGGAGAAAACUUCAAGAAAUCAAAGCAAUGAUCAUGUCAAAACUACAUUUAAAAAGUUACCAAAAUUUGUAUCAGGAAAACAAAUAGUUCCUGAUUUCGAUCUUGGGUCAUUAGUUGAAACUGAUGAGGACAAAAAGCAAUUUGAAUUUAAAAUGAUAAAACAAUACAAAACAAAGCAUCCACUUGUUGAAAAUUUAAUCUGGUGUGGUGAUGCAUCAAUGUGGAUAAGUCGAUUUAAAAGCCAUAAACUACAAAAAAUGAAACUGACAAAUGAAGCAUUACACCAGAUACAUACUUUUAAAGUGAAUGUUUAUAACAUGGUAUUUCUACCAUCUGGUGACCUCCUCCUAUCUACAAAUGAAUCUAACCUUAAAGUACUUCCCAAUAGCAGCAGUAAAGUGGAACCAACAAGGUACAUUGUGACUCCAUUAAUAACCCUCGCUGUACAAGUAACAAAUAAUCAUAGAAUACUAGUGGGUACAAGAGAGGUUCAACCCAACGACUUCCCUGUCAAUGGUCCUAGACAAGUCAUCAUGAUGAAUAUGGAUGGGAAAAAGGAAAAAGUGUAUCACACAAACAAAAAAGGGAAAACUAUCUUUACCGUUCCGAGAAGAAUAACUACAGACAAUGACAAUAACAUUUAUGUCACUGAUAUUCUGGAUGAAAACUGGAGUGGUAGGAUAGUUUCAUUAAAUGAAACCAGUGGAGUGAGAUGGAUAUAUAAUGGUUAUCCAGAUAUCACAAAAGAACAAACAUUCCAUCCUAAAGAUUUAGUAGCUACAAAAUCAGACAAAAUUAUAGUUGCAAAUAACGAGGAUCACAUGAUUCAUAUCCUUAACACUUCAGGACAGUGUAUUCAUUAUCUGAAUACUAAGGAUAAGUUAGGUAUUAAAUUACCAUGCUCUUUAGACAUUGACAAUACAGGUACACUGUACAUAGGCUGUAAUACGUACAACAGUGAACCUGACGAGGCCAAAAUAUAUACCGUUCAAGUUUCCAUAUAUUGAUUUAAUUACUUUCUUAUCAUCCUUCUCUUCAUGU